CAACUUACUGAUGAAAUAACCAGGUUAAAUGGAAUUUACAAGCGGUUGCUGUCUAAUGCUGGGGUUAAGCUGCUUGAAGGAGAGGGAAAGGUUGUUGGGCCUAAUGAAGUUGAGGUGACACAAUUAGAUGGCACUAAAUUGAGCUAUUCGGCAAAGCACAUACUGAUUUCAACUGGAAAUAGAGCUCAACGUCCUAAUAUUCCUGGGCAGGAGCUGGCUAUAACCUCUGAUGAGGCAUUGAGUCUGGAAGAUAUGCCCAAGCGUGCUGUGGUGCUUGGUGGAGGGUACAUUGCCGUUGAGUUUGCUUCAAUAUGGCGUGGCAUGGGUGCCACUGUGGACCUAGUUUUCAGAAAGGAGCUUCCGUUAAGAGGUUUUGAUGAUGAAAUGAGGGCAGUGGUUGCAAGAAAUCUGGAGGGCAGGGGAAUAAAUUUGCACCCCAGGACAACUUUGACGCAGUUAAUUAAAACUGAGGAUGGCAUAAAAGUUUCUACAGAUCAUGGAGAAGAGUUCUUGGCAGAUGUUGUGCUUUUUGCUACUGGUCGGGCACCCUAUACAAAGAGGUUAAAUUUGGAGACUGCAGGCGUGGAGCUUGAUAGUACUGGAGCUAUUAAGGUUGAUGAGUACUCACGCACCAACAUACCUAGCAUAUGGGCUGUUGGUGAUGUCACAUACCGAAUGAAUCUUACCCCUGUGGCCUUAAUGGAGGGAACAUGCUUUGCAAAAACUGUUUUUGGUGGGCAACCUUGCAAACCAGAUUAUAGGGAUGUACCAACUGCUGUAUUUAGCAUACCACCUUUGUCUGUAGUAGGCCUCAGUGAAGAGCAGGCAAUAGAGCAAGCAAAAAAUGAUAUAUUGGUUUUCACUUCAACCUUCAAUCCUAUGAAGAAUACUAUCUCUGGACGGCAAGAGAAGACAGUGAUGAAGCUUGUUGUUGAUGCUGAGACGGAUAAAGUUCUUGGAGCUUCAAUGUGUGGGCCUGAUGCUCCUGAAAUUAUACAGGGAAUUGCUGUUGCAUUGAAGUGCGGAGCAACAAAGGCCCAAUUUGACAGCACGGUGGGAAUACACCCUUCUACUGCUGAGGAAUUCGUGACAAUGCGAUCAUUGACCAGGCGCAUUACUGCAGGAAGCAAACCAAAGACAAACCUAUAAAAAAUUCAUGAUGGGAAGAGAGAAACCUAGGUUGAAUGUUUCACUUAUACAAAUAAAAAAUCAGGCAGAUGAUUAGAAUGCUAAUGUGCAGUCCAAUAAUAGCUGCAGUCUUGUAUAAUAUUUAUAUUAACAGUAUUUCAGAUGUUGGAAACAGUGUAAUUUUGUUUCUUAAAAUAAUACUAUGUUAUUGGGAUUAGCAUCCAUUAUCCUCA